CGAGGGGAUUUAACAGACAUUCCCUUCGCCCUUGUCAUUGGCGGCUGAUACUUCGCUUCUUCCCGGGAUUGGUUGGUCGGGUCCUGGAAGGCAGCCCCCACAGUUUAGGGGUAGCGCAGUUCAAUCGUGUUUUCGCCGCAGGUCCCUAACUUUGGGCGGUUGUGCUGCGGUUCUGAAGUUAAAAUUGGCGCGUCUUCUGCGAGGGCAGAGGGAAAAAACGCGGAGAGGAAAAAGAGAAGAGCUCGCUUUCCUGGCGCUCACUCGAGAGGCGCCGUGGGCGUCGCAAAGUUUACCUCAAGACUUGGACCGAAGCAGCUGUUAAAAGGCACUCAACGCCAUGGGGAGACUCACCCUUGCCUUCUCCUUAGCGUUUCUGCUGCUGGAGACCCUUUGCAGAGGACAACCUGAUUUAUUUGACUUAAGUGAUGCACUUGGAGAUGUUUCUACUAAGAAUCCUAACUCAGUUACCAAAAAGCCAAAUGAUGACUUGAACUUAGAAGAUGCCUUAAAUGGUGGCGAUGAUUCCAAAAAACCAGCACCACCACCCCCUCAGCCCAAACCUGGGAGUCAUGGCAAUAGUGGGGGAAUUAGUGAUUCAGAUUUAUAUGAUGGUGAGUUGCCACCUGAGAAGCCACAAUCAGGCCGUGCUUCUAACCCUUCCUCAGGUGGGCAUGAUUCUGACUCCUCUGGAAAUACAGAAGGUUCUCAAGGCAUGCUAGCUGGCAUUAUUAGUUCAGUUGUAGUGGCAAUAGCUGGAGCUGUUUCAAGUUUUAUAGCAUACCAGAAGAAAAAGCUUUGCUUCAAAGCAAGUGAUCAAGAGAAUGUUAAUGUGGAAAGCCAGCAAGGAGCACAUGCAGAGCCACCUGUUCAGCAAACUCUUUUGCAGAAACAAUAGUAGAAUUUGACAUGAAGAGAAGACCAGAAACUGGAUUCAUAGCCUGCGUAUUUCCCCGAAGCAGUGAAACAAUGGAAUUGCAAAGUAGAGCUUAAAAUAGGCCUGUUGAAACAUCUUUAGAAAGGGAGUGUGAUGUCUUAACCAAUGAAAAAUGUUUUCAUAUACCAUUUACCUUCUGAAGUUCAAAAUUGUACAGAGGGUGAUCAUUGUUUUUAAAAUGUAUUUUUAUUGCAUACAUUGAUUGGAUUAAAGUUUUUUUUUUCUUUUUUUGUGGCAAGAACCUUGAAAAGGGAGAUGAAUGUACUUGUAAAACAACUUUGGGCAGGCUGUUCACUGAGUAAAGCCCCGUUUAUAGUAAGACACCCCAGAGAAGUGCAGUUUGUCUUUGCAUGCUGAUGCACAUUACACCAUACUGAUAAAGCCAGCUACUUAGGUGUUGGGGGCAAAGCACGUUUGCUCUGACCAGAUCAGUGGCUCUUAAUGCAAUAUAGUUGCUUGCUCCAUAGUUGAAGUUACAUUUUCCAGAUAGGCUAAGAAUCAAUAGGACAAGUCCCCGUGUCCCUGUAGCUCCAAUUGCUAAAAAUUAACAUCUUUCCUUCUGCAUAGUAGUUCUUGGUCAAAUUUAAAAAAUUGGGUAUAAAUGUCUUAUCUGCCUAGCAAACACUUUUUGAAAUUUUACCAUUGUGUAUAGUACAUAGGAAUUGAAGGCAUUAAAAGCGUAAUUAAGUUGCCUUAAUAUUUCUGAGUUGGAAAUAAUCUUAAAAUAAUCCUUAUUUUGAAUAAGUUGCAUCUGAAGGUUUAUUAUUUGCAUGUGGCAAGGCUAUAUUUCUGAGCUGCAUGAUCCUGGGAAAAAUGUGAUUUUAAAGAAAGUGCACCACGCUCCUACAUAUUCCACAACACUUCUAUGGAGUGUAAUCCAAAACCCUGCAUAGCCAUAGGACGAAGCUAUAACUUUUACAUCAAGCUUGCUUAGGGUUACUGUGGAAAAGGUCUGCUAUGCUUCCUGGUUCCUAGCCACAACCAGCAUGGCUAAUAAAAAUCUGCCAUUGGUUAGUCCUUAAUGAAACAUGAGAACCUAGCCAGGGUAUAUAGUGGCUUGCUUAAGUUCUUUCACCAAUUACUACCAAAGAUGAUAUGCAUCCUGGAUUUCGAUGAUAUGUUACAUCCUAAAAUCAUAAUCUUGUGCAUCUGGGACCAGCACUUUUUUAACACCCCACCAGGUGUGCAGCAGGGACCAGCAUUUUUUUUUACAGCCCCCCUUCCCCCACUGCCAGUGCCGCAAGGAGCCUGAUAGUUAGUAAUACAUCCCCUUUGUAUUACUUUUUUAGUUAAGAUUUAGGAGCUUAACACACCUAUUUACUGCUUUUGGGGUGGUGGUGGAACUCAAGGGUCUAAAUUAGUGUUUUUCAAACUUGGCAACUCUAAGAUGUGUGGACUUGAACUCCCAGAAUUUCCUUAGGGUUAGCAUGUAGGGUUAGCAUGCUGACAGGUGGAUUCUGGGAGUUGAAGUCCAUAUUAGUUACCAAGUUUGAAAAACAUUGGUUGACAUAAACCCUUCCAAUGCUGUGAUUUUUUUUUUUAAGAGUGAGAAAAUUGCACUAUAGUUACCCUAUAGCUACCACAAAAAUUUUGGUGGUAUUAUUUUGAGGGAUCUACUUUAGGGGAAUCAUACACAGCUGGAAGCUGUUCACCCAUUUUAAAGUAACUUGUCAGGGUUGUUUACUACCCCUUCCAAUAGGAGGAGUAGAGGUGAGGGCAGGAGCAGGUGCAUUCCAUGCUGAACUAUAAGCCUAGAUAAGCAUGUGAACUGGCCCAUAAUUGCCUCUUUCUUUGCCCUUAUGCCAUAAUAAUGGAGUUGCCACUUAAAACUGUACUUCAAACUGCAUGUGCCUCUGAUUAGAGUUUACCUUACUGUUCACAAGUGGCCUACUAGCUCUGUGCUUUGCAUUUCAUAAAGACUUAUUUGCUUGUGACUACUUAACAAUAUUUUUCAAAAAAUAAAUGAUAAACUUCAGUUGCGGAUGCCUUAAAUAGAAUACCUUGAAGUGCCAUUAUCAGGAAUAAGUGAAUUGACUAGAAAUGUGAGCGGAGAACUUCAUAUUGUUUCAUGAAAGGAGUAAGGGUCUUGGAAAUGGUCACUGAGACCAUGUAAAGUGAAUUAAAGAUUUUUAACUUCUUGUCCUACAAGUUAUUUUCAAUACUGUAACCUAAAUUUGAAAUAAGCUGAAAAUAAAAAUGAAACUAUGUCGAGAAAUGUUAGAUUCUUCAUGUUAUUUCUGGAUAACUCAUAUAAUUUCAAGUUAAGAUCAUGCCAAUGUAAAUUAAAGAAAUGUUUGCAUAAUGUGAUAUCUGUAUACAUAACCUUCUAGACAUGAAUAAUUGGGUCAAUUUCCAAUUUAAAUUAGAUGCAAGUUAGCUAUAUAAGUGAUGCAUGGAUUUUAAGUUGCCCUUUGUACCUCAAUAAACAAAAUACCAGCUUCCUGUCAUUAUAGAUUGAACCUGGCAUACAUUCGGCACCAUACGUAUCAAUAAAUUCAGUAAGAAUCUGCAUUUUGAACGAAAAGCAUGCAAGAGUUGAUGACUGCAAUUAGCUUUUACCAAGUGGCAAUAUUUCUAUAUGAUCCUUAUUUUGUAAACCAGGACCAGUGCUAAAAAUGAUUGCUGCUGAUAGAGAUAUUUCCAUAUGAUUACUGAACAGAAGAACUUUAGUUCAAAACAUAGAUGCAUUGGACUACAUGUGGCAAACUGUAAGCAUGGUUUAUUGAAUGUGUGGCUUCAUCUGUUUGUUCCUCACCCACCAGCAGUGUACCUACAGCUGUCCAUGGGUGGUUUUCAGCUUAUCAUUUGUUUCCAUUGUCGUCCUCACAACUAAUGAGAGAGCACUCCCAUGUUUGGCAUAAACGAAACCAUGAGAAAACUGUUUGGCUAGUUGCAAUUGAAAGCUCCCUGCGGAGUUUAAAUCCUCAAACCCAGACAUCUGUUUACUACUGAAGAAGAGAAGAGCCAGCAGAUGCAAUCACAGGUACUUUAGCCAUGGCUUAUCAUGUUAUCCCAAUGCGUCUGUAUUUUGUUAUAGAAAUAAUGAGAACAUGUUUGGAAUAUGCGCUUAGUAGUGUGAUCCUGUACAUUUAGAAAAAAUGAAAUAAAGUUUCACAUAAGUCAGUACAGGUAGUCCUUGCUUAGUGACUGCCUCAUUUAGUGACCUUUUGAAGUUAUGACAAUGCUAAAAAAACAACUUAGCAACCACUCCUCGCAUUUAUGACCUUCAAAGCAUCUCUGCUUUUAUUUUCGCUUGCUCGUUUAUCCCAUUUAUACCAGGAUGUCCCCAAAGAGAAAGAGAAAGAACAAGAAGCAAAGGAAAACUAAAGUAAAAUCAUAAAUACAGUUGUGGUCAUGUGAUUUUUCACUUAGUGACCGCUUUGCGUAACAACCAAGUUGCUGGUCCCAAUUGCAGUCACUAAAUGAUUACUUGUACAGCUUAUUCCAUGUGAAUGUGCAUAAGAUUGAUGGCACUUUUGCAUGUAUUUGGAUGUAAAUGCCACUGAAUUAGAUGGCAUUGUCUUUUGGAAAGAGUGCAUAUGAUUAGGCCAUUAAUCUCUAACGGAAACCAUUGUUAUAGGUUGACAGUAUGAUCCAUGUGUGCUAUGUGAAAUAAAUCAAUAGUUCAGUGUGUUUAAUGUUUAAAUAGAUUUAUGGCUCUUUAGAUUAUGAGAAUCUCUAUUUGGUAAUUCAAACUUGUCAUUUCUUUUUAAUAAACAAAUCUAAAAUUA